GUUUGUCUUUGUGCGUGUGUGUGUGUGUUCUCUGCAUCCAUUCUGACAUUGUGUCGUGUUGUUCUUGUGUCCCCGUCUCCGUCGUUGCGCUGCAUGCGGUCCGUAGCGUUGUACCAGUGGCUGGAGGCUGAUCUCCGUGGUAACGAACCCGACUCUGCUACCAAAGGGGAGAACUUCGACCAGAGUCCUCUGAGGAGAACCUUCAAGUCUAAGAUCCUUGCCCACUACCCGGAGACGGUGGAGUGGAACCCCUUCGACCAGGAUGCUGUCAACAUGCUGUGCAUGCCGCGCGGCCUCUCGUUCUGCACGCAGGCGGACCGCCGCGAGCCCGCCUUCCACUCCUUCAUCAUCACGCGGGAGGACGGCUCGCGCAGCUACGGCUUCGUGCAGACCUUCUACGAGGAGGUGACCAGCGGGCCGGUGCGCGCCGCCAUGCAGACGCUGCACCACAUGCACCAGGCCGAGCGCGCCCCGCCCUCCAGCUCCUCCUCCUCCUCCAGCAUGGACUCCCUGGCCAGCAGCCUGGAGGACGGCGGCGGCGGCGGCGGCGGCGGCGGUGGGGACCCGCCUCCCUCGCUCGCCGCGCCGUGCCCCGCCCCCCCGAGCGGCGGCGGCGGCGGGGGCUACGACGCGUCGCGGGACACGCUGUACGUCACCAAGGCGCUGUGCCUGCUGGCGCCGGUGCCCUUCAUGACGGCCUGCCGCCGCUUCCUGGCGCAGCUGCUGCGGGCCGUGACGGCGCCGGAGCCGCCGCCGCUGCCGCUGGAGAGCUACGUGCACAACGUCCUGUACGAGGUGCCUCUGCCGGCGCCCGGCCGCUCGCUGCGCUUCCACGGCGUGUACGAGCCGGUGGUGUGCCAGCGGCCCGGCCCCGGGGAGCUGCCCCUGGCCGACUACCCCCUGGGGGACGCCUUCGCCCUGCUGGGCGUGGAGAACCUGCUGCAGCUCUACACCUGCACCCUGCUGGAGAUGCAGCUGCUGCUCUACUCCCAGGACUACCAGCGGCUGAUGACGGUGGCGGAGGGGGUGACCUCGCUGCUCUUCCCCUUCCAGUGGCAGCACGUGUACGUGCCCAUCCUGCCCCCCUCGCUGCUCCACUUCCUGGACGCGCCCGUCCCCUACCUGAUGGGGCUGCAGUCCCGCGAGGGGGCGGACCGGUCCAAGCUGGAGCUGCCCCAGGAGGCCAACCUGUGCUUCGUGGACAUCGACAACCACCGCAUCGAGCUGCCGGAGGACUUCCCCCAGCUGCCAAACAUGGCCGAGUUCAGGGAGGAGAUCAGCGACGUCCUGCGGCAGUACGGCAUCUCCCCCAACGGAGGGGGAGGGGGAGGGGGGGGAUCUCGGCGGGGGGGCACCACCUCCUCCACCUCUUCCUCCUCCUCCUCCUUCCUCCGAGGAGGAAGAGGUGGAGCAGGAGCACGCCGGGACAGCAGGGAGGAAGAGGACGGCCGUAACGGGAACUUGGCGCGGGAGGAACAGGAAGUGAUGGAGCGCCUCCAGGGGAACGCCACCCUGGAGCGCCUGCAGGCGUUGACCCGCCGCACGGGGGUCACCGUGGCGGGCGUGGACGCGCUGAGGGCGGGGCUCCGGCCGCAGGGUCUGGGUCACGGGGGUCCCGGGGGUCACGGGGGUCCCGGGGGUCAGGGGGGGGCGGUGCGGACGCCGGAGGAGGAGGAGGAGCUGAGUAACGCCAAGCUGAGCGUGCAGCUCAGGGAGGUGUUCGCGGGCCGCUUCACCGCCAUGUUCUCGGACUACGAGGCCUUCGUCAUCCACAGCCCCGACCUGGAGUCCUGGCUCAGCAGCCGCGAGCACAUGCACAACUUUGACAAGGCGUCCUUCCUGUCGGACCAGCCCGAGCCGUACCUCCCCUUCCUGUCGCACUUCAUCGAGACGCAGAUGUUCGCCACCUUCAUCGACAACAAGAUCAUGUCCCAGUGGGAGGCCAAGGAGCCGCUGCUGCGCGUGUUCGACGCCCGCAUCGACAAGGCCCGCCUCUACAACGUCAGAGCGCCCAGCCUGCGCUCCUCCAACUACCAGCGCUGCACCCGCCUCAAGGAGGCCGCCCAGGCCAUCGAGCAGCGGCUGCUGAAGGUGGACCACACCGCGCUGCACCCCCACCUGCUGGACAUGAAGAUCGGGGAGGGCCGCUACCAGAGGGGCUUCUUCCCCAAGCUGCAGGCCGCCGUGCUCAACACCGGGCCCCCCAACAACAAGCUGACCCACCGGACCUCCAGCGCCCAGCGACGGAGAGAACAGCACCCGGACCACCUGACCCUGGACAACGACCUCAAGGAGGGGUGUCUGGCCACGCCCAACUCCAUGGCCUUUUGGGAGUGGGACAAUGCAUCCCCCCCGCCUUUCAAACCUCCCAAAAAAUCUGCGUCUGCGUCCUGCCUGCGCUACAUGCAGGAGGCCCGUGGGCUGGGGAAGAGGCAGCCCAAGCUGUCGGACCUGUCUCCAGCCGUCAUCGCUCAGACAAACUGCAAGUUCGUGGAAGGUCUGCUGAAAGAGUGUCGCAUGAAGACCAAGCGCAUGCUGGUGGAGAAGCUGGGGCGCGAGGCGGUGGAGCUGGGCCACGGGGGGGAGGCCAGCAUCACGGGGCUGGAGGAGAACACGCUGAUCGCCAGCCUCUGUGACCUCCUGGAGAGGAUCUGGAGCCACGGCCUGCAGAACAAACAGGGGAAGUCUGCGCUGUGGUCCCACCUGCUGCACUACCAGGGGAGGGAGGAGAGGCUGGAGACCCAGCAGGGGGAGCUACCAGCCAGCGGUCCGGAGCGGAGGAAGUCGGAGACGUCCGUAGGGCUGCCGUACCUCCCGGUGUCCGUCCUGCAGGACAUGAGACACAUCCAGAGCAUGUCGGAGAUCAAGACGGACGUGGGGCGGGCUCGGGCGUGGCUCCGCCUCUCUCUGGAGAAGAAGCUCCUCUCACAGCACCUCAAGAUGCUGCUGAGCAGACAGGGGCUGACCAAGAAGCUGUAUAAGAGGUACGCCUUCCUGCGCUGCGAGGAGGAGAAGGAGCAGUUCCUGUUCCACCUGCUGUCGCUCAACGCCGUUGAUUACUUCUGCUUCACCUGCGUGUUCACCACCAUCAUGAUCCCGUACCGCGCCGUCAUCAUCCCCAUCAAGAAGCUGAGCAACACCAUGACGACCUCCAACCCCUGGGUGUGCGUGUCCGGGGAGCUGGGCGACUCGGGCGUCAUGCAGAUCCCCAAGAACGUGCUGGAGAUGACCUUUGACUCUGCCUUCAGGCAUCAUACGCACAUCUCCGCCAUGUUUAAGUGCCAGAACCUGGGGAAGCUGACCUCCACUCAGCUCGGCCACGACAACGCCGGCCUGCUGGCCAAGUGGCUGGUGGACUGUGUGAUGGUGCGCAACGAGAUCACCGGCCACACCUACAAGUUCCCGUGCGGCCGCUGGCUGGGGCGCGGCGUCGACGACGGCAGCCUGGAGCGCGUCCUGAUCGGGGAGCUGCUGGUCCCGGGGGCCGAGGAGGACUCUGGGAGGGGCAGCCGGACCCCCGAGCUGCAGAGGUCCCCCUCGCAGACCAGGAGGAGCAGCAUCAUGGGGGGACGCGGAGGGAAACUCACUUCAGGACAAAUCCAGGAGACCAUCGGAGAGGCGGUGAACAACAUCAUCAAACACUUCCACAAGCCGGAGAAAGAGAGGGGCAGCCUGACCAUCCUGCUGUGUGGGGAGAACGGUCUGGUGGGGGCCCUGGAGCAGUUCUUCCACCACGGCUUCAAGUCGGCCCGGCUCUUCCAGAAGACCGUCUUCGUCUGGGACUUCAUAGAGAAGGCUGUGGCCUACAUGGAGUCAUGUGACCAGAUGGGCAACCUCCAGGAGACCCCCAAGCCGCUUGGUCUGACCUGUCACUCACUCUGUCGCUACGCCAACGGCAUCAACUCCACCCGCCGCAGCAUCGGCAAGGACGGGAAGUUCCAGCUGCUGGUGUGCCUCGGAGCGCGAGACCACCUGAUGGACCAGUGGCUCCCCCUGCUGGUGGAGUGUCCCGUCCUGCAGCGCAUGUACGACGACUCGGCCCUGCUGCGCGACCGCACCACGGUCAACACCCUCAUCGGGGUGCUGGAGACCCUGCACCACUUCCACAUCACCCUGGAGGCGUCCCUGGUCAAGGGAGUCGACCUUUGACCCCCCGACCCUGCUGGGAGCGCCCUAAGCCCUAACCCCCCCCCCCCCCCCGCCCCCGCCCCCCAACAGACACACUGGAUGGGCUCUCGGAUGAGUCAUGUGACCGAGGAAGGGAGGGGAGGAAGUAUUGGACGUUAAAGACAGCGGCACCGCCGCGGUAUUGGGUCUGCUCUCUUGGAGAACAUUAGAGAGACAGUUCUACUCUCCUGGGGAUCUGAGAUGUUUGGACUUUAGAGAGACGGUUUGACCUUUAGAGAGACAGUUCUACUCUCCUGGGGAUCAAAGAUGUUUGGACCUUUAGAGAGACAGUUCUACUCUCCUGGGGAUCUGAGAUGUUUGGACCUUUAGAGAGACAGUUUGAUCUUUAGAGAGACAGUUCUACUCUCCUGGGGAUCGGAGAUGUUUGAACCUUUAAGGAGACCGUUUAAUCUUUAGAGAGACAGUUCUACUCUCCUGGGGAUAGGAGACCUUUGGACCUGUAGAGAUAGAGUUUGACCUUUAGAGAGGUAGUUCUACUCUCCUGGGGAUCUGAGAUGUUUGGACCUUUUAGAGAGACAGUUUUUCAGCCGAGGCCUCCUUUGGUUCCGCUCCAUAGACCAUAGGGUCUGUGGAUCAUUGGGUCCAUAGGGGGAAGAUGGAGUCUCUCCUCUCUCUCUCUUCUCUUCUCUCUCUCCUCUCUCAGGAGGGUAGCAUGCCCAGGAGCCAAUGUACUCCGUGAGUCAGAGGAAGCACUGAUUCAUCACAGAGGGAGACUGGAACACUUUAGUGACCAGAGUCUUUGCAGGGAGGAACCCCCCCCAGUGUGACUCUCUCCCGCUCCUCAGAGCUGUGGUUCAAAUAGCGCGGGUGUCACGGUUAUAUCUAGCCUCCACUUAUUCAAGCCAUCUGAUUGGACAGGUGGUUUGUAGGCGGGGCUUGAGUGUGUGUGUGUGUGUGUGUGUGUGUGUGUGUGUGUGUGUGUGUGUGUGUGUGUGUGUGUGUGUGUGUGUGUGUGUGUGUGUGUGUGUGUGUGUGUGUGUGUGUGAGUGAGACAGUGAUUUCAAGUAAAGUACCGUUUUAUUUGAGGCUGUUUAAUUUAUUUUCUAAUGCGUUCUACUGAGUUGUGUAUGAGGGCAGAUGUGUGUGUAUCUGAUUUUCCUUAACGGUACGGGAUAACACAACGGACUCCGUUACACAACAAACAAACACUGGAGUGCGUUUUGAAGUCGAAGGACACUUCUCUGAGACUUUUCAAACCUGUGUUGAUAUUCAUGUUUGCGUCGUCGUCUGGCCCUGAGAAUACAAGAUGCUAUCAGCAUCCAGCCCAUCUCAUUAACAUUCAUCAUAUCUUCGAUGUCAAACGAUCCUGGUUUUAAUUGUUUGUAUCACUAGCGGUUAGGUUUGGUUACCUAACGCGAUCUUCUCGGACCACUGGGUUCUCUGUGUGUGUCUGUGAACGUCCCGCAUGACUCCGUUACUGUCCCGUGUUUCUGGUCUUCGUGAAGACCCAGUACCGCUCCCGGGAUCUCAGGACUAGGAAGUCCUGACCGGAGUGCGUUGUCGGGGACCUCCUCUCUGAAGGUCUGCUCUGACCGAGACCAGGAAGGAGAGGAACACACUGGACAACAUCUCAUUGAGUUACUACUUAAAGUGCAGCACGUGAUGAGUUUGGUCUGUGAGACAAGGACACUGUGUUUUUAAUUUGUUCCUUAAUUUGUACUGGAUUAGUUGUUUUUAGGAUGAAACCACUCAAACCAUAGAAUCUACAGAUAAUUGGAGUCUCCAUUAUUCUCUCUCUCUCUCUCUCUCUCUCUCUCUCUCUCUCUCUCUCUCUCGUUCUCUCUCUCUCUCUCGUUCUGUCUCUCUCUCUCACUCUCUCUCUUACUCUCUCUCACACUCUCCCACCCUCUCACUCUCUCUCUUACUCUCUCUUCUCUGUGCCUACACAUGAAGCCGAUUUCUCUGUGAAACGACAGACAGGUUCUAUAUUUUAGUUUGUGUUUUAGGUGUGAGGUCAUUCUUUUAAUCUUUGAAAGUAACAGUGGAACCAAACCAGCAGCUAUAGCCCGUGUUCUCUCCAUGAGCCCCUGUUGCUCCUACAGACAUACUGAACGGAGCUUCAAGUAGGACCUGAGAUCUAUACUUUGAGAUCAGUUUGUUGUUCCUAGCCAUCAGUGAGGGGAGUGACACGCUCUGAGAAGACCCGUUUGGAGUUGUAUGCUUCUGUCUGAAACUAUUUAGAAAAUCUGUGCACUUGCCUGAUAGGUUAUUAAUCUGGCCUGUCAAUCUCAAGUGAGUGACUGCAACAUCUCAAUAGCAGAGAAAGAGAGGGAGGGAGGGAGGGAGGAGCGAGGAUGGGACAGGAUGUUUUUUGGAGUUUUAUUUUCCGAAUCUUUUCUUCUCUCAGCAGCUGAGAGGAUCUGACCUCUAGCUGAGAGGAGGUCACACUGUGACGACCGCGUUACCACUGGACAGGGGAUCUUGUUGUUGCUGUACAAUUUAUUGUUUUGCUCUGAUAUUUAUUCAUGUUUCAAUAAAAAAUAUCAAAAGAAUG